GAGGAGAGCUUCGGUGUGGGUCCCGCGUCCAUUAGCAGGCUUGCUGGGAGCUCAGUGAGGAAGAAGCUCCCCAGACACUGGAGCAAGUGUGAAGCUGGAGAACCUUCUGGAAUCUCAAGGCUGUCCACUCCUCCAAGGAGGUGUCCAUUGAAUCGGCUCCUGGUUCUCACCCCCCUCCCCCCGCUACCCCGUGUCCUGGAGCCCAAAGCGCCCUAGACCUCCUGCUGCAUCCCGUUUUCUCCUGUUUCUCCCGCCUGUCCCUAGCAUCACAAAGGUCCCCAGACCCUGACCUCCUGGGACCACCAAGCGAGGCUUCCUCUCUCUGUCCAGUCAUCUACAGGCAAGCUUUUUUGGUCAUGUGUCCCCCAAUCAGCAGUCGCCAUAGGGCCAAGGGCAUGUCCUGCCUCUAUGCGGCCUGGCUAUACCAGCUUGUCCACGGAGACCAGAUGAAGAUCUGCUUUGCUUGCUUCAAGGCAGCCGUCCUGGCACUUAAGAACAUGCUGAAGAUGGGAGACUGGAUAGGGCCUGUGCCCGAGGGAUUGAGGAACUCACCUGUGCCAGACGCAUGGUUGGGGAUAGGGCUCACCUGGGUACAGAGCCAUGGAUAUUUGCCACCGAUCGUCGUUCAAAGUGGACGGUGGCCUCAGCUUAUGGCACCAGUCUCCGCAUGGCCAGGACCCCAGCCUGUGCCCACUGAGCUGAGUUCUAAGGAAGCUGUAUCCCUGGAUGCGGGCCCGAAGAUUGCUGUGUGCACCCAGAUCCCUCCCUGGAGAUUAGGUGUCUUUAGUUCCUGCCCCCACCAGUGCAUCAUGCCCCCUCUGUCCUGGUGGGAUAUCUUCCAGGGCCUACCACAUAACGGGCAACCUGUAUUGUUGGAGCUGAGCCCCAUCUGGCCCAUGAACUUGUUAGCAGGAACCUGGUUGGUCAACCUGAAGUUUGUCAUUGUGAUGGGUAGCACUGGUACUCAAUGUACGCUGCUGAGAAUGUUUCCUCACUGGGCUGUGAGUACCCCGGUCAAGCGUUGGCAGGUGUUGCUGGACCCUGGUGAGUUGUUCAUGGUUCACCUAUGGAGUGUACCUGAACAGUGGGACCUGAACCGCUGGAGGCUCAGUAUUUUGGAGCCCUCGGAUGUGGGUGUGGAGCUGGUGCCUGCUGAUUGGGGCCUGCGGAAAAGAGGCUUCAAGGUACACUCCUACAUGCCCUGGCAAGAUAGCACCCCAGAGGUCUGGAGCUGGGAGCCAACGCAGGGGCUUUUAAUCAAAGACUUUGAGUCUCAGAGGCUCCUGCACCUCAGCUUGUACCAUCAGUUUCUUAAUAAUGAAUCUCCCCUCUCCUGAUCCUCCCCAACUCCGGAAUAACUGAGACUCUGAUGCUUAGGCAGCCCCCAUUACCCCAGGGUUGCAGGAAGUGUGAAGAGCCAGAGGCUGCAUGUUCUGAGCAGCAUGGGACCGGUUGGUCUAGGCUUUGAGAGGAGCCAUCUGGAGCAGCCUAGGGGCUUAGGGACCUCAGAGGGAAGUCUGGCAUACUUACAUCACAGAGUUUAGUUUAUCCUCGGCCGACUGUUCAGUGUUUGGAAGGUGAGGCCUAGUUAUGUGUGUAGGUGGAGUGUUCUGUAUCGGGUGUUGGUGAGGGAAGAAGUCACAGACCUUGUACUAGUAAGUGCUUGGACUCUGAGGCAUUGAUUGACCUGGUGUGUCAUAUUGUUAGAUCCUGUCUUAGGGGUUCAUCAGACCUGGUUUCAGGCUUAAACUGUACAGAGCAUUUGAGCUCUUUGUUUUUAUCCAUGCUCCUUUGGGUUGUUUCUGUUAAAUAAAGUUGGUGUCUUGAAUUUUA